UACCGAGGAGCCGCGGGCGGGCGGCGCAGGCCCGGGGGGAGGGGUCGCCGAGGCCGGCUGCAGCGCCCCCCCCGCCUCCGCGCUCUGUGCUCGGCCGGGCCGGACCGCCGCUCCCCCGCUGCCGCGCGGGAGCCCGGGCGCCCGAAGCUGGGGGCGCGGCAGCGGUCGCUUAGCCGGGCUGGGAGCGGGCAGGCCCUGCCCUGAAGGGGCGAAGCGGCGGGGAGCGCGGGAGGUGGAGCCGGCCCCGGCGGCCGUCCGGCGUCUCUCCCAGCGCCCCUUCCCCGGGCUCAGACCGAGGCGAACCCAGGCCCCUGCCCAUGCGGGGCGCCCCCGGCUCCGUAGAGUCCCCGGGGCAGGGAGCAGCUCCAGGCAGCAGCGCCAGAGGGAGAGGAAGACGGGACUGUGCUCAGCUCCGGCGGCCCGGACCUUCCCCGUCGCGUUUGGAGGCGGGGGCCGCCCCGAAGUCUGCGCUUGUCACCGCCGCUUGGACUAGGGCAGCGCCUGCUGGGACCCCGACCCGGAACCCCCUGCGCCUCGUAGGUGGCAGCGCCGCGGCGCCACCCACCUCCUCCGCGGUCUCCCUCUGCCUGGUGGCAGUCACGGCCAAGAAAGUAUUAUGAGGGAGGCCGAGGACUCCACGCUCCGGGCAGAGAAACGGCGCUGGGAUUAGGGAUUGCCACUUCCGAGAGGAUGCUGGGAAUCUGCAGAGGGAGACGGAAAUUCCUGGCUGCCUCGUUGACUCUGCUCUGCAUCCCAGCCAUCACCUGGCUUUACCUGUUUGCUGGGAGCUUUGAAGAUGGGAAGCCGGUGUCUCUGUCUCCGCUGGAGUCCCAGCCUCACAGCCCCCGGUACACGGCGUCCAGCCAGCGGGAGCGCGAGAGCCUGGAGGUGCGCGUGCGCGAGGUGGAGGAGGAGAACCGCGCGCUCCGCCGGCAGCUCAGCCUGGCCCAGGGCCACGGCCCGGCCCACCGGCGCGGCAACCACUCGAAGACCUACUCCAUGGAGGAGGGCACCGGCGAUAGCGAGAACCUUCGGGCCGGCAUCGUGGCAGGCAACAGCUCCGAGUGUGGGCAGCAGCCGGUCGUGGAGAAGUGCGAGACAAUCCACGUUGCCAUUGUCUGUGCCGGAUACAACGCCAGCCGGGAUGUUGUCACCUUGGUGAAGUCUGUCCUGUUUCACAGGCGGAACCCCCUGCAUUUCCACGUCAUCGCCGACUCCAUCGCCGAGCAGAUCCUGGCGACGCUCUUCCAGACCUGGAUGGUGCCUGCCGUGCGAGUAGACUUCUACAACGCGGAUGAGCUCAAGUCUGAAGUUUCCUGGAUCCCCAACAAACAUUACUCUGGGAUUUACGGUCUGAUGAAGCUUGUCCUCACCAAGACUCUUCCUGCCAACCUGGAGAGGGUCAUCGUCCUUGACACAGACAUCACCUUUGCCACCGAUAUUGCAGAGCUCUGGGCUGUGUUCCACAAGUUCAAAGGUCAACAGGUCCUGGGCCUGGUAGAGAACCAGAGUGAUUGGUACCUCGGAAACCUGUGGAAAAAUCACCGCCCUUGGCCUGCCCUUGGAAGGGGCUACAACACAGGGGUGAUCCUGCUGCUUCUGGAUAAGCUGCGGAAGAUGAAGUGGGAGCAGAUGUGGAGGCUGACUGCAGAGAGGGAGUUGAUGGGCAUGCUCUCCACAUCCUUAGCUGAUCAGGAUAUUUUCAACGCUGUCAUCAAACAAAACCCCUUCCUCGUGUAUCAGCUCCCCUGCUUCUGGAACGUGCAGCUGUCAGACCACACCCGCUCUGAGCAGUGCUACAGAGACGUGUCUGAUCUAAAGGUCAUUCACUGGAACUCCCCCAAGAAGCUGCGGGUGAAGAACAAGCACGUGGAGUUUUUCCGCAACCUCUACCUGACCUUCCUGGAGUACGACGGGAAUCUCCUGCGACGGGAGCUGUUCGGCUGCCCCAGCGAGGCUGACGUCAACAGUGAAAACCUCCAGAAGCAGCUCUCUGAGCUGGAUGAGGACGACUUGUGUUAUGAGUUCCGGCGAGAGCGUUUCACCGUCCACCGAACCCACCUGUACUUCUUGCACUACGAGUAUGAGCCCACUUCAGACAACACGGACGUCACCCUGGUUGCUCAGCUCUCCAUGGACAGGCUCCAGAUGCUCGAGGCCAUCUGCAAGCACUGGGAGGGGCCCAUCAGCCUGGCCCUCUACCUGUCGGACGCUGAGGCCCAGCAGUUCCUCCGCUACGCACAGGGCUCGGAGGUGCUCAUGGGCCGCCACAACGUGGCCUACCACAUCGUGUACAAGGAGGGCCAGUUCUACCCCGUGAACCUGCUGCGCAACGUGGCCAUGAAGCACGUGGGCACGCCCUACAUGUUCCUGUCCGACAUCGACUUCCUGCCCAUGUACGGACUCUAUGAGUACCUCAGGAAGUCUGUCAUCCAGCUCGACCUUGCCAACACCAAGAAGGUGACGAUAGUCCCUGCGUUCGAGACGCUGCGCUACCGGCUCUCCUUCCCCAAGUCGAAGGCAGAGUUGCUGUCGAUGCUGGACAUGGGGACCCUCUUCACGUUCAGGUACCACGUCUGGACUAAAGGCCACGCACCCACAAACUUUGCCAAGUGGCGGACCGCCACCACGCCUUACCGGGUUGAGUGGGAGGCCGAUUUCGAGCCGUAUGUUGUCGUGAGACGGGACUGCCCUGAGUACGACCGGAGGUUUGUGGGCUUUGGCUGGAACAAGGUGGCUCACAUCAUGGAACUGGAUGCCCAGGAGUAUGAGUUCAUCGUGCUGCCCAACGCAUACAUGAUCCACAUGCCUCACGCCCCUAGCUUCGACAUCACCAAGUUCCGGUCCAACAAGCAAUACCGCAUCUGUCUCAAAACCCUGAAGGAGGAGUUUCAGCAGGACAUGUCCCGCCGCUACGGCUUUGCCGCCCUCAAAUAUCUCACGGCCGAGAACAACAGCUAGCACCAAGAAGCCCAUCACAAGGGAGAGACGUUCUACAAGGGGGAGAGCCACUUGCUGUGUGGGGCCCAGCCUUCAAACUCAAAUUGAGCACCGCUUUUUUUGGUUUGUUUUUAUUUGUCUCUUUGGCCCAACAAAGCUGCCCUCCCUACGGAGAUCUGGGACAAGGAUCCGGCCAGUCCCUCUCUGGCCCAUGACCCAUCACUCCCAGAGCGUGGGGAAACAGCCCACCUACGUGGUCUCUCCAAGAACGGGACACAGAGGGUGAGAGGGAGCAAGGGGGUUAUCCUUCCGCACAGGCACACCACCAGGCAGGUCUUUAGGAUAUUCUCAUGGCUUUUUUUUUUAAAAAAAAAAAAGAA